UUUUGGUUAUAUAUAGACAGAGGACGACACGAUCGAUCUCAAUUGAUUUCUGAAACUAACCAUGGCGGAUCAUAACACUCCCUCCUUUGAAGUGUCGAAACUCGACCAUUAUAUAAUAGACCAACCAGAAGGUGAAGAUUUCGUUGUCGAUGCAGAGGUCAAGGUUCUCCGAAAAGGAUCUCCUCCGUUAGAGAUGUUCUUCUCAUCCUCGGUCGAUGAUUUCGUUUUGGACGACGAAGAUUGUCACGAGAAAGAACUACUCUACGAAUUAUUUGUCGAUGAUGCUGGGAUAGAUGCAUCCGGGGCUGAGGACUUGCUCAUUAACUUGAUUUUGUACGUUUGUGAUAAGACACAACCGCUUGACCUAAAAUUCACAGGAGUUUUCAAGUUGAUGGUCGAAGUUAGGGUAAAGUAAAAAACCUGUCAAACUUUUAACUAUGCCGGUUUAGAGGAAACCGAAUCCCAAUAACCAAUUGCUACUACGGAGACGAGAAAGCGACGGUGAGAUUUGAAAACCAAAAAUACAAAGUCAGGAGACGUAGGUAGGGUUUUGUGUCUUGGAAGAUAAGCAAAGACUAUGUUUUUCC